AUGAGGUUCUUUUAGAAAAGACAAAAAGCAUUGCUUCUAAUGUUGGAGAACAAAAUUUUCGUGGUUCACAUGGGUGGUUAGCACGAUUCAAGGCUCAGCAUAGAAUAAAAGCAUAUGUAAGGGUUGGUGAAA